AUGCACCGCCUAAGCCAUAUUGGCACACGGAGCAAGUCGACACUUGCCGAUAAAUUGAGAAAUGCGGUCGGCGGCGCGGAUUAUGGGAAAUCGAAGCAAGCAAUGGCGGCUGGAUCGUUGACGGCGAAGGAUGAGAAUGGCGAGGACUUCCGUGAGCUCUAUGUGAUGCCAAAACGAAAAUUGCGCGGUCAAACGCAGCUAGAACAGGCGACAGGACGUGCCGAAGUCAAGACUCGAAGCAGAUUCGACCUGAUGGACCGUCUGGCCGAACGACCGCCGAGAAGCGAGGAAAUGGAUCCGGAGAAGCAUACAUGGUCGGAUAUCUGGCCGGCGGCACGUACUUUUGCAUCGAGUGUCGUCCCGUUGCCAGUUCGAAUGGGAUCCAGACCGAAUGUUGAGAAACGGGCGCCUUUUAAGAAGGAGGGCAAUUUGGAGCUCGUCAAAAUUCCCAAUUUCCUUCAUUUGACACCUGUUGCCGUUCAACAACACUGUGAAGCUAUCAAAAAAUUCUGCACUCCCUACCCACCAGAACUGCUGUCUGAUGCCUCGCUAACCCCAUCCCUGCUCCCGAUCUCUGUCCAAUACUCCACCUACAUCCAUCAGGGAACCAAUAUCAGAGAUAUCAGAAGCCGUGUUAUCACUAUGAUCGUCGAUGUCGAUUCUCUGAAAUUGUCUGAAAACGCGGCGGAGAAAUUGGUUCGUCUGGCUGGAAAUCGAUAUAAUCAGGAGACGGGAAAACUGACGAUUAUCACUGAUAGGUGUCAUACACGCAAACAGAAUCUGGAUUAUGCUCAUUAUCUGCUCACGGUACUGUAUCACGAGGCCAAUAAGCAGGAGGCGUGGGCGGAGCUUAAGGAACGAUCCGACAACCUCCAAGUGGAAUUCGACGGCUCCACAACCAAAUCGAAAUUGGAGGAUUUGAUUGAAAAGGCCAAGAGCUCGGGCCUUAAAACUGAUGAGAAGGCGUUGGCGGAGUUUGGAGAGAUGUGGAAAACGUAUAGGAACACAGAAGAGACGGCAGAGAAAACGAGAGAGUACGGUAGACAGAUGAAGAAGAUGUUGGGCAUUUAA